CCAAAGUCUGGGACAUCCUGUAUAAUCCAUACUUGACAAAAUACAUACAAUAGUUAAAAGGCACCCAAUUCGCACAAAUUGCUAUAUGCUUCGGCCUUACUUGGCCAUCUUCAGGGACCUGUUAACUUUCUCGAAAACGUCGCACUGCACUAGAUCGUAAGUCAAUAUAUUUCCAUGCUAUUGCAUUAUCGUUUACGCUAAAAUACGUUUGUUUCAAAACGAAACUUUGUCUCCGUUCCGCGUUAUAUUACUUUUGCGGCGUCCAGGUUUAUGCCCCUUCGUGUGCAUAUUCUUACUAGAUCGGCUGUGAUCUAAAGACCUACCCGAUAUAACCUAACCUAAUACCAUGACGACGAUGACGACAAUGACCAAUUUCGGCGUUGAUGUGUAUGUGUAUGCGCAGUGGACUGAUGAACUAACCUAACAUAACCUAAUUUAACGAAAUUACAGAUUAUCGCUCCUACCUCACAACACUCACAACUUCGCGAGCGUCACCGUCUUCAUAUUAGUCAUCAUGUGAAAUCUAAACGUACGGCAUCGAGUUUACCUUGAAUGUCAUAUCCAUGAUAACCGUCAUAACGUUCAAGUUUCCCGAAAAUUAGCCAUCAGGUUCACAAGUUCAAAUAAGGGUGUAUUCGCAGUCCUGAGAACUUUAUACUCUACAGAAGUAAAUUAAUGACAAGACACAGAAAUCACCCAUUCCACUUAGUGGUACACAUGUCCUACCCACAAUUACGACCGAUUACGACCGUUAUGACCAGUACGACCAGUAUGACAUCGCGGUCUCCUCUACCCGUCCUGUGUCUUAAGGAACGAUAAUAGUCUAAUAAAAAUAUAUGGCGCUACUUGGAACCCAGCUUGUCAUUACAUUGGUAAUGGUAAGCAUCAUACAGAAGCUGGGGCCACAUUAUUCUCUAGCAAGAUGGAUUCUAUGUUCCACUGGACUAGUGAGAUAUCUGUAUCCAACAGAUGAAGAGCUUCGAACUUUAGCUGGUGUUCCCAAAGAUAAAUCAAAAGGGAAGAAAGGUGGGAGGAAUGUUGAGAAUGGAAAGAUAGCAGAUACUUUCCACAUACCGAGGAAUUUGGACAUUGAGUUGGAGACAGCCAAAGUGACUGCAUUAGAUGUGGUUCAUCUCAAGUUUUAUUCUGAGUACCAGUGGCUUUUAGACUUUGCAGUGUAUUCAUCUGUUGUAUACAUUUUAACAGAGGUGUAUCAUGCUUUAGUACCUCCUAAAGAUGAAGUGAAUCUCAGCAUGCUAUGGUGUGUUUUAGUUGUUGGAUUUGCAGUCAAACUGCUUCUGUCACUGACAUAUCAAUAUUUCAAGAGUCAGGAAUCAGUCGGUGAGCGGUCAACUGUUAUUGUAGCUGUGUUUGCUUACUUGCUGGUUGCCAUGUUGGUCCUCAUAGUUGAUGAAAAUACUUUAGAGCUGGGACUGAAUAUGGCUUACACAAGCUUCAAUCAGAGUGCAGCUGCAUUUCUAGAAGCACAGGGCCUUGAUUCCUCGGGUCCUGCAUCAAAACUAGUGUUGAAGUUCUUCUUAGCGUUGUGGAGUGCCCUUUUGGGAGCACUGUUCACCUUCCCUGGUCUACGCAUGGCAAAAAUGCAUUGGGAUACACUCAGGUAUUACAGUGAAAAUAGGCUACAGAGGUUUCUUCUGAACGCAAGCUUUGCAUCUCCAUUUUUACUCGUGCUGCUGUGGGUAAAACCAGUGAGUAGAGACUACUUGACAGGCAGGAUCUUUCAUGGUAUGGCAGCUCCUCUGAUGACUGAGCAUACCUUUGAGACCAUGAGACUCAUCCUAAUUGUUGUUGCAGUCCUGCUACGGCUUGCACUUAUGCCCACAUAUCUACAGGCAUACCUCAAUAUGGCACACCAUCGGAUUGAGGAACAGAAGAAAGAGGCAGGCAGGAUAACUAACACAGAGCUCCAAAAGAAGAUAGCAGCUGUUUUCUACUAUCUCUGUGUGGUGGCACUACAGUAUGUGGCUCCACUCAUUCUGUGCCUUUACCUGACAUUCAUGUAUAAAAGUCUUGGCAACUACAGUUGGGCUGGUUUAUUUUUGAAUCCCACGGCAGAGGAAUGCUCUGCAUCAGCAGCCCACUUUGUGCCAUUACCAAGUCUUAGUGGUGAAGAGUCAAUACGAGAGUCUGCCCAUCAAUUCACACUUGCUCUUGACUCGCUUAAACAGGUGUUCACAGCUGAUGUUUUCAGAGGUCUGUUUGGCUUUGCAACAUGGUGGUGCUGUUUUGCAUGGUUUUCCACUUCCUCAUUGGGAAUGGUGUAUCAAUCAUACUUCAGUCAUUCAUAGUCUAGUUGUAAUCGUUCUCUGAAGUCAUAUGAGAGGAUUGUUUCAUGUGUUUUCCACCCCUAUAUUUCAUUCAUUCAGUUAUUAGGUAGCAUAAUGUGUUUGUUAAUUGAUCUGUUAUGAAUUCUGUUAUGAGUGGGGCAGCUGUAUAUUGUUGCCAAGGCCAAUUAUGUCUGAGGAGUUAAAUAGGUGUUGCAGCUCUGUGUAUCCAGUCUUCUGAUGUUGACAUGUACAGCACAUUGUAACAUACAAAUUCAGUGCUCUCUAAAAUUAUUGUUGUUGAAGUUAAGCUGUAGAGGUAAGUAUAUACAUUCAAGGGUAUGGAAGCUAUUUUGGAUGUAUAGGUAUGAGAAAUAUAAACUGUUACAAACUGAUUGCAAUAUCAGUUCUCUGUAUUGUGGAAAGGAUUAAAAGCACUAAAAAUCACUUUCCAGAAGAAAAAGGAACAACUUUAAUUUUAACCCAGUAUUUCAUUAUGUCACUGAAUGGAAAGUAUCACAGUGCAGUCUUGGUCAGUUCUGACCUCUUCCAUAACACCACAGAAUUUUGUUGAAGGACUGAGAGGAAUACAAUUUUAGUCUUGUCAUACAAUUUAUGUUAUGUUCUGUAGCAAAUAUAAAACAUAUGAAUUUUGUGUGAAGAAUUGUGCACGGUCUCAUAGAACAGAAAAUAAACGUAAAACAGUUUUCAGUCACUGAAACAAUCAUUGUUGAGAUAGAGCCUUCUCUGGUUACUAGAUUUAUGAAGACACUACUGGGAGCAUGAAUGUAAAGCUGCCAAGCACGCCACCUGUAUGUAAUGACAGGAACAUGUACAAAGGAUACAACUGACAGCAGUGGACACUUCAGGGUGUAUUUGUUCCAACACAGAACUCCCAUUUUUUAAUUGCUUGCAAGAGUGUACUGUAUGCUUUGCAGGAGCCCGUUGGGUACCAAGUACACAUGAUUAUGCUUCUGUACUAAAACAACAAUUGUUAUUUACACGGGAGCAUUACAUAGUCUUUCACUUAUUACCAUUUUGUUAACUGUGUUGCUGCAGCAUUACUAGCAACUCUUGCCACCUGCAGUCAUUUCUGUGAACUGCAUUCACUGGUGAAGUCUGAAAUGUGCUCUCACAUUGUGAAAUUAAAAAAGAAAUGAAAUAAAUAGGUAUACACCUUGUGCACCAGUUCAUAGAAAGUGAUGUGUACCACCUGAGUUCAGUUAUGAAUAUUUCGUUUUGCUCAUGUUGCUACAGGCUGUAUAUUUUUUUCUUCUCUCUUGUGACCUUAAGUGCAUUUCCUUUGUAUUGUUGAUAUUUCAUGGCUCAGGCUCUGUCUUCGGGCAGGAGACAAGUUAUUAUAGUUUAAAAGGCUGCUGUGUGCUGCUGUUUUUCAGUUUGUGAUGUUUACUUUUCCCCUACACUGAGCUGCAACACAUGCUGCUGGCUGAUCAUACUCACAUAAUUGCUGUCUGAUAACCUGUUUUCAGAGGAAUGUUGAAUGUGUGUUACUUAUUUUUAUGUAAAAUAACAAUUUUGUGUAUGUUGUAUUUUUACCCUUAAGACACAUCUUCAGUGUAUGGACACAAUGUUAUAAAUGAGAUAU